AUGGUAGAUAUACAUGAUUAUUUCAAACAACACGGACAGGGAACGAAACGUAAAAAUGAUUCCAAGGACGUAUCAUCUGUGAAGAAAUCAAAACCAUCAUCUAGUAAAAAGCAAGUGGUUAUAAAUUUGGAUGAUGAGGAAAGAGACUACGGGUAUCCAAAUGACGACGAAGAUGAUGAUGCAUUGAUGGAAAUUGAUGAAAUGCCUAAAAAUACAAAGAAAAAACUGGCAUCUUCUACUUCAAAACCCAAAAGUAAAACUUCAACAAAGAAAUCUACAACAAAUACUGCAAAGGCUCAAGACUCGUCUGUACUUUCAAUUCUUGCUAGUAUUCCAGAUGCAGAUUUACCUGAAAUUGAUCCAGAAGCAAAAAAAUUAUCAUUUCCAGAAAUACAAGCUAAUAGAAAUGCAAUAGAAACUUCAUCUACAACUAGAGAUCUACCUGAAGCACAACCAAAUUGUCUUAGUGGUUUAACAAUAGUUUUCACCGGUCAAAUGCCAGGUUUGGAUAGAGGAACUGCUGAAUCAAUUGCUCAAAGAUAUGGUGCAAAAGUAACAAAAUCAAUAUCAGGCAAAACAAGUUUAGUUGUAUUAGGAGCUGAAGCUGGUCCUUCAAAAAUAAAAAAAAUUCAUGAAAAUAAAAUUAAAACUAUUGAUGAAGAUGGAUUUAUUCAAUUAUUAGAAAAAAUGCCUUUAGAUGGUGGUAGUGGUGAUAAUGCUCAAAAAGCAAAAGAAAAACGUGAAUUAGAAGAAAAACAAAUUCUUGAAACUGCUGCAAGAGAAGAAGAAGAGGAAAGAUUAGAACAAGAAAGGAAAAAAAAAGAAGCUGAAUCAAGUGCUAAACAAAAUAAACAACAAAAUCAACAACAACAAACUGAGGAUGAAUUUUUCUCAACUUAUGUUCCACCACCUCCAGUUGAUGUUCCUGUAAAAGAUAAAUUAUGGACUGUAAAACAUGCUCCGAAAGAUUUUAAUCAAUUAUGUGGUAAUAAAGGACAAAUUAGAAAAUUACAUGAUUGGUUAUCUGAUUGGUAUAAAAACCAAGCAAAUGGGUUUAAAGGUAAUUUUACGCAACCUUCUACAUAUCGUGCAGCUUUAAUAAGUGGUCCACCAGGAAUUGGUAAAACAUCUGCUGCUCAUUUAGUUGCUAAAUCAUUAGGAUUUGAUAUUUUAGAAAAAAAUGCUUCAGAUGUUCGUUCAAAAUCAUUAUUAAAUGCUCAAGUUAAAAGUGUUUUAAAUAAUACAUCAGUAGUUGGAUUUUUUAAACAUAAAGAUGAUGAAAACAAAAAUUCAAAUAAUAAAAAAAUUUGUUUAAUUAUGGAUGAAGUUGAUGGUAUGUCAACUGGUGAUCAUGGAGGUACUGCUGCAUUAGCUCAAUUUUGUAGAAUAACUAAAAUGCCAAUAAUUUUAAUAUGUAAUGAUAAAUCAUUACCAAAAAUGAAAGUAUUUGAUAAAACUACUUAUGAAUUACCUUUUCAAAGACCAAAAGAAAGUGAAAUUAGAAGUAGAUUGAUGACUAUAGCAACAAGAGAAGGUAUAAAAUUAGAUCCAAAUGUUAUUAUACAAAUGGUUCAAGCAACUUCAAAUGAUAUUAGACAAAUGAUUAAUUUAUUAUCAACAGUAUCAAGAACUCAAAAAAGUUUAAAUCAUGAAAAUAUUAAUGAUAUUCAAGCAAGUUGGAAAAAACAAGUUAUAUUAAAACCAUUUGAUAUAGCAGGUAGAUUAUUAUCAAGUGGUAUAUGGGUUUCUCCUAAACAAAAUAUAAAUGAAAAAUUAGAUUUAUAUUUUAAUGAUAUUGAUUUUGCUCCAUUAAUGAUACAAGAAAAUUAUUUAAAUGUUAAUUCAAGAUUAGGAGGUAAUCCUUUAAAUCAUGUUGCACAAGCAGCUGAUGAUAUAAGUGCAUCUGAUGAAGUAAAUAGUUUAAUUAGAUCAAGUGAACAACAAUGGAGUCUUUUACCAUUUCAUGGAUUAUUAUCAACUAUAAAACCAAGUUUUGAAAUAGCAGGUAAUUUAAAAGGAAGAUUAAAUUUUAGUUCAUGGUUAGGACAAAAUUCAAAACAAAUGAAAUUUCAAAGAAUUUUACAAGAAUUACAAUAUCAUACAAGAAUAAAAACUUCAACAACAAAACAAGAAUUAAGAUUAGAUUAUUUAUAUCCUUUAUAUAUAAAAAUUCAUUUACCUUUAAAAAAUGGUGAUGUCGGUAUAAAUGAAGCUAUUGAAACAAUGGAUGAUUAUUAUUUAACAAAAGAAGAUUAUGAUAAUAUUUUAGAAAUGCUUAAUAAAACAAAUGAUUUAGAUACAAAAGAAAAAACAGCAUUCACAAAAAAAUAUAAUAGUAAAACUCAUCCAACUGUAAUUUAUAAAACUGGUAAUUCAUUAGGUGGUAGUGGUAAAAGACAACCAAGUCAAAAAGUUGAUUAUGAAGAUGUUGUUGAAGAUGAUAUUGAUGAAACACCUGAUGAUAAUGAAGAUGAAAAUGAUGAUAAAAUUGAUAGUAAAAAAGAUAAAUUAAUUAAAGCUAAAGUUAAAGGAAAAGGUGCAAAGUCUACAGCUACUAAAGGAGGUAAAAGAGGUAAAAAAUAA